CUCCAGUUGGAAGUUUGGACCUCUUUGUCUGGUGCGGUAGAAAUUCUGUAAUUGAAGAGGGGAAGGAAGGAGAGCUGGGCUGGUUAUCCAUCCCCCGGUGACAUACAUAGCAGGCUGCCGGUAGACCGUUUCCCAGGACUCGCUUCACUUCAUCCCCCCUAAUCACCGCAAUCAUCCGCUCUCGUCGCGCGAGUUGAGCUACAAACCUGUAAUUGACACCUGCCGCACAAUGCCGUGGCGCCAGAACACACCGGCGCGCGGAUGACACCGUUGUCCCGUUCUCACACACAGCAGAAGAAUCGGAGCCGUUGAGUGAGUGGUUGGAAGUUCGUUGGAUCUCUUGAACUUGACAGUUGUAGAAGUUUGAAGACACCUUGGAGGAAUCCCGCCAAAGUGAUACUUGUUGCUGUCAACUGUCUCUGGAGACUCCCCUGCGCUCGCACCUCUGCCGGUGGACUGGGCACGUUAUCGAGACUAAUCGACCGCACAGCAUCGACUGAGGUCCCGGUAGACCUUUUUGGACGUGUAAGCCAAGUUUCCUGACGUCAGAAAGUCCGGAGGAACCUCCUUUAACCGUCAGAUCAGCUCCCUCGAGACCUGUUGGCGUGUGCGCGAGCGAUUAUGGCACGGAGACCGAGUGGGGCACCGAGGAAUUCUCCCGGGAUUCAUCACGUGAUGACGGCGUUCGCUCUGCUCCUCGCGUUCAGCUCGCAGCUGCUUUCGGUGGUGGACGCCAACUCAUGGUGGGCGAUGGGCCUGAACCCCAUGCAGCGUCCCGAGGUGUUCAUCAUCGGUGCCCAGCCCCUGUGCAGCCAGCUGUCGGGCCUGUCCCCGGGCCAGCGCAAGCUGUGCCAGCUGUACCAGGACCACAUGGCGCACAUCGGGGAGGGCGCCAAGACCGGCAUCACCGAGUGCCAGCACCAGUUCCGACACCGGCGCUGGAACUGCAGCACCGUGGACGACACCUCCGUAUUCGGGCGCGUCAUGCAGAUAGGGAGCAGGGAGACGGCGUUCACCUAUGCCAUCAGUGCGGCGGGCGUGGUGCAUGCGGUGAGCCGAGCGUGCCGGGAGGGCGAGCUGUCCACAUGCGGCUGCAGCCGAGCCGCGCGACCCUCCGACCUGCCGCGCGACUGGCUGUGGGGCGGCUGCGGAGACAACGUGCAUUAUGGGUACCGCUUCGCCCGGGAGUUCGUGGACGCGCGCGAGCGAGAGAAGAACCACCCCCGAGGGACGCCGCAGCACGCACGGACACUCAUGAACCUACAGAACAACGAGGCUGGGAGACAGGCGGUCUACAACCUGGCCAGCGUCUCGUGUAAGUGUCACGGCGUGUCCGGCUCCUGCAGCCUGAAGACAUGCUGGCUGCAGCUCGCCGACUUCCGCCGCGUGGGCGACGUCCUGAAGGAGAAAUACGACGGGGCGUCGGCCAUGCGCGUGGGCCGCCGCGGCCGCCUGGAGCUCACGGACCAGCGCUUCAACCCGCCCGCCGCGUCGGACCUCGUCUACACCGAGCCCAGCCCGGACUACUGCCUGCGCAACGGCAGCACGGGAGCCCUGGGCACGCACGGGCGUCUGUGUAACCGGACGUCCGAGGGCAUGGACGGGUGCGCCCUCAUGUGUUGCGGAAGAGGAUAUGACCAGUACAAGACCACGCUGGUCACGCGCUGCCACUGCAAGUUCCACUGGUGCUGCUACGUCAAGUGCAAACGCUGCACACAGCUGGUGGACCAGUUCGUAUGCAAAUAG